GUGUCUUUUAGUUCAGUCUCAUCAACUUUCCUUGAUGGAGUCCAGACUGACAGACGGACACAACACCACCACAGCUCUGGAGGUGAGACUGAGAUCCACUCAGACACAACUGGAACAGCUGGAGAAUCACGCUGCAGCUCUGGAGGUCAGACUGGGUGAUGGUGAGGAACAGCUGGAACAUCUGAAGACAGAAAACUCAGAGCUGGAGGUCAGACUGAGUGAUGGUGAGAAACAGCUGGAACAUCUGAAGACAGAAAACUCAGUUCAGUCUGAACAACUUUCCUCGUUGGAGUCCAGAAUGAACAUUACACACAACACUACAGAGCUGGAGGUCAGACUGAGUGAUGGUGAGAAACAGCUGGAACAUCUGAAGAAAGAAAACUCAGCUCUGGAGGUCAGACUGAGUGAUGGUGAGAAACAGCUGGAACAUCUGAAGACAGAAAACUCAGCUCUGGAGGUCAGACUGAGUGAUGGUGAGAAACAGCUGGAACAUCUGAAGACAGAAAACUCAGCUCUGGAGGUCAGACUGAGUGAUGGAGAGAAACAGCUGGAACAUCUGAAGACAGAAAACUCAGUUCAGUCUCAUCAACUUUCCUUGAUGGAGUCCAGACUUACAGACGGACACAACACCACCACAGCUCUGGAGGUGAGACUGAGAUCCACUCAGACACAGCUGGAACAGCUGGAGAGUCACGCUGCAGCUCUGGAGGUCAGACUGGGUGAUGGUGAGAAACAGCUGGAACAUCUGAAGACAGAAAACUCAGUUCAGUCUGAUCAACUUUCCUUGAUGGAGUCCAGACUGACAGACGGACACAACACCACCACAGCUCUGGAGGUGAGACUGAGAUCCACUCAGACACAGCUGGAACAGCUGGAGAAUCACGCUGCAGCUCUGGAGGUCAGACUGAGUGAUGGUGAGGAACAGCUGGAACAUCUGAAGACAGAAAACUCAGAGCUGGAGGUCAGACUGAGUGAUGGUGAGAAACAGCUGGAACAUCUGAAGAAAGAAAACUCAGAGCUGGAGGUCAGACUGAGUGAUGGUGAGAAACAGCUGGAACAUCUGAAAACAGAAAACUCAGUUCAGUCUCAUCAACUUUCCUUGAUGGAGUCCAGACUGACAGACGGACACAACACCACCACAGCUCUGGAGGUGAGACUGAGAUCCACUCAGACACAGCUGGAACAGCUGGAGAAUCACGCUGCAGCUCUGGAGGUCAGACUGGGUGAUGGUGAGAAACAGCUGGAACAUCUGAAGACAGAAAACUCAGAGCUGGAGGUCAGACUGAGUGAUGGAGAGAAACAGCUGGAACAUCUGAAGACAGAAAACUCAGUUCAGUCUCAUCAACUUUCCUUGAUGGAGUCCAGACUGACAGACGGACACAACACCACCACAGAGCUGGAGGUCAGACUGAGAGCUGGUGAGAAACAGCUGGAAGAUCUGAAGAAAGAAAACUCAGUUCAGUCUCAUCAACUUUCCUUGAUGGAGUCCAGACUGACAGACGGACACAACACCACCACAGCUCUGGAGGUGAGACUGAGAUCCACUCAGACACAGCUGGAACAGCUGGAGAAUCACGCUGCAGCUCUGGAGGUCAGACUGAGUGAUGGUGAGGAACAGCUGGAACAUCUGAAGACAGAAAACUCAGCUCUGGAGGUCAGACUGAGUGAUGGUGAGAAACAGCUGGAACAUCUGAAGACAGAAAACUCAGUUCAGUCUGAACAGCUUUCCUCGUUGGAGUCAAGACUGAAUAUCACACACAGAAACACCACAGAGCUGGAGGUCAGACUGAGUGAUGGUGAGAAACAGCUGGAACAUCUGAAGAAAGAAAACUCAGUUCAGUCUUAUCAACUUUCCUUGAUGGAGUCCAGACUGACAGACGGACACAACACCACCACAGAGCUGGAGGUCAGACUGAGUGAUGGAGAGAAACAGCUGGAACAUCUGAAGACAGAAAACUCAGUUCAGUCUCAUCAACUUUCCUUGAUGGAGUCCAGACUGACAGACGGACACAACACCACCACAGAGCUGGAGGUCAGACUGAGAGCUGGUGAGAAACAGCUGGAAGAUCUGAAGACAGAAAACUCAGUUUUCAGCGUCAGACUCAAUGAAACUGAUGAGAUUCUGAAGCAGCUAAAAAACAUCAACUCAGGUGACCUGAAGGUGGCGUUCUCCGCUGGUCUCACGGAUUCAGGAUCAGUCGGACCCUUCAACAUUGAGACAACUCUGGUCUUCUCCAAAACCAUGUCCAACAUCGGCCAGGCCUACAACCAGACCGCAGGUGUUUUCACGGCUCCCGUCAGAGGACUUUACUUCUUCAGCUUCACGGCUGCAGAUUACCUGAAAGGUUACAUGGGUCUCUACCUGUACAGGAACAACCAACCAAUCCUCUUCAACCUGGACCUGAACGACCACGGCGGCUACGCCUCCACGUCCAACGCCGUCGCUCUGCAGCUGGAGGGGGGCGACCAGGUCCGCCUCAGUCUGCCGGCCAGCUACCGGCUCUACGACGACUCCCGAAACUUCAGCGUCUUCUCCGGAUUCCUGCUGUUUGCCCUCUGAGGUCUGACAGUCCCAGGACCAGGACCAGGACCAAGGUACAAGUGAGACAUCCUGUCUGCAUAAACUAUCCUUUUAGCUGUCAGACUGGACCAAAGAGACUGGACUUUUAUUUUGGUAGAGACUUCCUGUGGUUACAACCAGUAUGGAUGUGUUUAAGUCAAUGAAGCUCAUAAUUAUUAAAAGGUAAGCUUGUAUUUAUAUCAACCUGGACUCAAUAUCCCAUCAUGCAUUGGUGUCUGAGAGUCUGAUGAAAACUAGAAACAAGCUGUAAUGUAACCCUACAGGACAGAUGUAGAAGUAGUGAUUAUUUACAUGGAGUCUGGUGGAGAUAUGCUGCUCUAUACACGCUAAAAGUAGUGAUUAUUUACAUGGAGUCUGGUGGAGAUAUGCUGCUCUAUACACGCUAAAAGUAGUGAUUAUUUACAUGGAGUCUGGUGGAGAUAUGCUGCUCUAUACACGCUAAAAGU